CGCUAUUGUUUUUUAUGGACUUAUAUAUUAGUCCAACCGUCAGUCACUUUCACCUGCUAUACUAUUGGGAAUGGUAAAAGAUGGGAUUGCGCUAUUAAACUACGACGUUAUAGAAUUCCCGGAAGUUGUAUUUUACAAAGUUUAUGUAAUAGAGUCUCCAGGAAACGAUAUUGAUCUUGAGCGGCUACUAGAAUUCGAGUCACGACUAAAAGGAAACAAGGUAUUAAACUAUAUCAAUGACGAAAAUGUAUAUACUUUUUUUCUUCGGCAAGAAGACCAAAAACAUUAUGAAGCAUCCAUUUACACGCCGAUCGCCGGCAUUCACGAAACAAAUAACGGCUUUUUAAAAACUUCCCACUUCUUUUUUACCGAAAAAAUCAUUGAUGAUGAUGCGGAUGCUCAACUUUUCAAUCAUUUCAUUUUCGCCAUCCAUAAAUUCCUUAUUUUUGAAGCUUGCCGAAGUUAUGGCUUCAUUAGCAUUUCAGACUAUUUAAUCCCCUUACGAUUACGGCAUCAUUCCGAGAAUCAACUCUGGACAAUUAACGGUUAUCCAUUAAUCUGUCCAAGUACAUCUGUAAUCCCGAAUGGAACCUUUUACACAUUUUUCCGUUCCUCUAAGUAUCGUGUUUAUAAGAUUGGAAGCCUAAAUGCUUGGAAAGAGAGUGAGCAGAAGGAAGUGAUACUUGCCCCGUUUGGUAUUCGGGCGUUUUUACAGUCACCGUUUGCUAAGCCAAAUCCCUUUGUUGCUUCACUCAUAGCCAAAUGUUCGGGGCUUGUUAUUUCGCCUUCUGUGCGUUGGGUUCGGUUGAGAUCAACUCAAUCGAUGAACGAAUAUUCUUGGCCUUUGGAUUUAUGCUUUGCUUUGAAAAGCAUGAUCGCAGAGUCUGACUCACCCAUCGAUACUACAGGCGAUGGUGAUCCGUUUUUGGAGUCGUUGGAAAUGUCGCAUGAAAUUCAACGACAGAUAAACCUGGGAAAAGUUCCGGACACACCGAGUGAAACAGUUCCUCUAAAUGUCCCUUCGAACUCUCAUGUAACCUUUAAAGAAUCAUUAGAAAACAAAACAGAGGUUGCUGAUACCCAAAACUUUUUUGAUUUGGUUACUGAACCAGAUAUCACAGACGCUGAUUUUGAUUACUUUGAUACGCCAACAAAUGCGGACACGGUAACCCCAAUCGCAUACUGGCAAGACAUAAUUGAGAAUGAAGACAUGAACCACCGUUCGACACAGAGUAAAUUCAAUGUUCCGUCUGGUCCGACGGGCACGACACGAACAGAACAUUAUAGCGGCGACUAUGGAUCAGAGAAAUCAACUUCAGUGACUAGCUCUUUUCCGUUACGUGAAACAAGCCCUGGGAAAUUCUCUUUUAUGUCAUCUAAUUAUCGAGGGGAAGCGUUGUCGCCAAAAAUGAAAACUCUAAACGCAAAAUAUGCAGCAGGAGGAAAGUACUGGUGUCCGUACAAUGAGGUAAGCAGUGAAUCUGUUAUUCACUUGGAUCCCUCAGUUAGUGAACAGUUUGCGGAACCCACGUUUACUGUUCCGAGCGACAGUGAAGAGGAAGUCUCUUGCACAUCUUGUGAAUUGGAUAUGGAUAAGACAGAUCUUGAAUCAUGUCCGACAAAUCCUGACAUCGAGUUAAAAACAACGGAGAGGGAUUCGUAUGCUUUCCUAUUUCAAGCAAUCUUUACUGCGCAACAGGCGUUCAGCAGACAAUUGAUUGAUCAGGAAAUGGAAGAUCAAAAAUUUAAUAUUAACUCGGAAAUUAUUGAACAGUUGGUUACUCAAGACCUCUGGUUCUCGAUGUUACCUUUUUGGAAAGUGAACCAGUCGCUGCCGCACUCUGAAAGUGACAUCGCCAAUCUCCCUUACAUACAGACCGCUGCCAGUCGGUCUUUACAUGCCCUCUUCAGACAGGAGAAGAUUCGCUAUGAAACACCCUGUCUCAUUCGCGGUAAUGAGUUAUGUUCACGAGAUCCAGGUGUUUCUCACUACAGUUAUUUCAAACGGGAUCAUUUACGUGUUAUGGUGCGGCUUCAGAAUGAACCAUUAAGUUUAAAGGAUUCCGCAUUAAAAAAAUGGACUCAAUUACUCUUGGAACCCAUGAGCGGGCAAAAAGAAGUGAGUGUAUUAUCUAUAAACUUUAGCAAUUAUUCGGAAAAAAUCAGCUAUGAACAAUUUAUACAGGAUUUGAAGUUUAUGUAUGAGCUGAUGAAUUUUGGUAAGAUGAAUGAACUAAAGUUGUCAAAGUACCCUGACGGUCAGGUAAUUGUCGACUCUGGUUUGCUAAGCGAAGAAGAGCUUGAAAGUUUUAAGAGCGUCAAUAUUCGAAGCUUUUGGACACAGCUUGGUUCGUGUAUAGCCACGGAACAUCCAACGAAAAACGUUAUGAUACUUAUAUUCUUUGAGGGAGAAAAGCAAGGUUUGCGACUCUUAAAUGUUUGCGGUGCUUUUAAUAUUCUCAAGGAAGAGUAUAUUCGUGUUAAAAAACAGCAAAAGCUAAGUGGAGAAGGGGAUGUAUCAUUCCAAAGUUUCCCUUUUUCAAUGUUCCAGCAAAAUAAUUUAUUUAUGGGAAUUACAUCAACAUUCUUUACAGACUUUUUAUUCAAUAUAUACGACAGAUGUUUUAUUAAGACAUGUACCCAGCAAUUCCGACAACCAGCGUACUUGCUGUUGAAGCCGAUCAGCGAUGAGCCAGAAUUUCAGAUGCUUCCAGUCCACGUUCCUUCUGUAUACUUGAGUAAUCAAGAACUACAUGUAACUUAUGCUACCGUUUUUCAACGGUGGGUAGUGUUUGUUUGGUGCGAUUCAUACGGUGAAAUACUGGAUGUGCGAACUUAUGUCAAGGAGCUGGAAUCUUUGGAUAAUGUUCUCAAGAAAGCUUGGAAUGAUACAUUAAAGCUUAUAACACCUUUUCAGACAUCGUGGUCCAUUAAUGUCAUGAAGAUUGACGCACUUGGUAUGUGUGAAAUCAAUUGUUGGCGAUGUAUUCAAAAGAAACAUACCGAACUUCAUAUGUCACUUGGCUAUUUCCUCAUACCAAAUAGCCGAAGAGCUGAUUCUGACACUUUGUUCCGCAUACAAGCCCUCAAAUUUGAAGAGUCGGAAGCCAUACCAGACAAUUCGUUUGCUUGUUUUUAUAAGGGACCGCUGAAACAGAUUAAUCCUCUUCUUCGUGAUACCGGCUACCUUAUCAUAACCCGUGGUAUCUUUUGUCUUUGUGAGCGUAGGAACUUUAUUCCUAUCCUUGAAGUCAAUCUUGCAUUUUCUGCUUUUCCGUCCAUGGAUGCCAUGCACAAGCUUUUCAAUCAAUACUCCCAUAUGUGUUCUCGGCUCCCUCGUCUAUUUGUUACGCAGAGUCACCUACCGUUUCAUGUGAGUACUACGUUAUAUUACAAACAACUUAUUGAAAUGGUUGUCUCGGAACUUAAGGAAACAGAAACCAAAAGUGCAUCUGGAUUUGGCUAAGUCUCUGGCUGGUUAUUGUCCCUGUUGUUGAUAUUUACGCUUCUGAAAAAAUUGCCUCUUUUGUCAUUUCAUUUAUUCGUUUUUGUUUUUUUUUUUUCUUUUGUAUUCUCUCUUACCCUUAAAAACAUUGCUGUUCUAUUCCGUCUUUCUUCUGCUCCUUCUUCGAAAUGCUUUCUCAAUGUUUAUUAGUGUUGAGAACGCUGCAAGUUACUGAUUAUUUCACCCAACCAUCCGAGCCUGUCUAUGCAGUGAUUGCGAACUGAUGAACCCGUUCCGUCUUUCUGAUCAGUUAGUUCAUGAUCAUGAUUUUACCAAAAGGUGCCAAUUCUUUUUUAAACGAAAUCAAUUCUACUGUUCAAAACCUAUUAAUUAUCCGUCCAUUUUUCGAUUCAGUUCAUUCCUCUUCAUUCUUAAAAAUUAAUUACAUUUUUUGUCACCCUGUCGCUUUGGCUUUUUUGUUUAAAAAUUUUGUAGCUUUUGUCUCAAUGGUAAAUUCUAUCUAUAUAUA